AUGGAAUUGUGGAAAUAUUUUAGGCGGAUUUAUUACCUUUUCAAACGCCGUUUUAUAUUAAGAACUACUAAAAAACUUAUUUUAAUUCCAAUACUUAUUUUAAUGUUUAUCAAUGCUCCUCCCUAUAAUGUAGAAAUUAAAUUAUCAGAAAAAAAGGAGAAAGAAAAACAAAUUUUUAAAUUUUUAAAAUUAAAUAAUAAAUCGAGAAUAUAUUGGCAUCAAUGGCUAGAACCUUUAAAUUUCAGGAAAAAAAUUCCAGAAUUUGAUAGGUUUAUCUUAACUGAAUAUAUGGAUGGUCAAUUAGGUAAUCAGGUAUGUUAAUUUAUGUCAAUCAGAGGUGGGUCGGGUAGUCGAUUACUGGUUGUAAGGUUGAUAUUUUGCUGAUUUUUCUCGUAUUUGUAAUUAAGUUGAAGUAAUUUAUGAGUAAUUAAAUUUUGGAAUAAUUUCGGUAUCGA